ACGACAGGAAGGAGGGGGAAAGACGAAGAAAAAACAAUAGGAGAGAGCGUAGUAGGCUGCCACCUUAUGAACAUUAAAAAUAUGCCAGUCACUGCGCCUUGCGCCUUGGCUAGUUUUCAUGAAAAAAAUGGAGCUUCACAUUGUUUCCUUCCUUAGCUCUUCCUUUCGUCGUUGCCUCCGUCAUUCUGCCUUUCUUUCACGUUUGCUUGCCCUCGAACCUUUUAAAAUGUUCCCCCCUCUCUCUGAUUCGUCAGACGCAAGAGAAUGUCCCUCUUUUUGUCUCCCUCUCUCUCUCUCUGCCCCUCACUCCCUCUCUCUCUCUCCCCAUCUCUGAUUAGAUAUACUGAUUCCUCAUUCAAUGGACGUCAUUUAGUGCAGACUCUGCCUUGAGUUGCUUCCUCGCUUCACGCUCGAUUUCCGACCAUUCUUCCCUUAUUAAGUAUUCGUGUAAUAUUAAUAGUCAUGAAUAUCUGCUAUUAGGAGUCCAAGGGAAGAGGCAGCUCUUUGCUAAUAUGAGUGUAAGCGAGGGAACAGCUCAGUGACAGAGCAAAGAAGACGGAAAAGGGGAUAUAAGAAACUUUAACAAUAACCCGCGAGAGAACGACGGUGCAUUUUCACAGCAAAUGAAGGACAGCAGGGAUUUUACUCGAUUCUGAUGGAUUAUCGCUCGUUUGCUGUGCAUAUCUGAACGCUUUGGUUGCCACUGUCUCGCUUUACAAUCCGCACUGGGUUUAUUUUGUUUUCCUCAUUUAUUUUCGUUGUUUUGUCAGCGGUUACUCGCAGAAAUUGUUUCGUUUUGAAGUGCUCACAAAGCUUCACAGAUGUUAGUGCACAGUUUUUCCGCGAUGGAUCGCCACGACGGCACCAGCAAUGGGACAGCCAGGCUACCUCAGCUGGGAGGCGUGGGCCAGUCUCCAUACACCAGCGCCCCUCCGCUCUCCCAUACCCCGAACUCCGACUUCCAGCCGCCGUACUUUCCUCCGCCCUACCAGCCCAUCUACCCACAGUCUCAGGACCCUUAUUCGCACGUCAACGACCCGUACUCCAUCAACUCUCUGCACGCCCAGCCCCAGCCACAGCACCCCGGCUGGCCAGGCCAGAGGCAGAGCCAGGAGAGCAGCCUACUGCACCAGCACCGGGGCCUGCCCCACCAGCUGUGUAGGGAAUACCGGAGAGAAGUGCUUCUUCCGUCGGGACACGGACUAGAAACAGGACUCUCUGAUUCUAUCAUCCAUGGAAUACCUCAUUCUAUAGAAGAUGUUCAGCACGUCGAAGAUCAAGGCAUCCACAUCCCAGAUCAGACUGUAAUUAAGAAAGGGCCUGUUUCCUUAUCCAAGAACAACAACAACGUCUCAGCCAUCCCUCUUAAUAAGGAUGGUCUCUUUGGUGGAGUGGUAAAUGGGAACGAAGUGUUCUGUUCGGUUCCGGGUCGCCUGUCUCUUUUAAGUUCAACAUCGAAAUACAAGGUCACCGUGGCGGAAGUGCAGAGACGGCUCUCACCGCCUGAAUGCCUCAACGCCUCUCUGCUCGGUGGGGUGUUGAGAAGGGCCAAGUCUAAGAACGGAGGAAGAUCCUUACGGGAGAAAUUGGAUAAAAUCGGAUUAAAUCUACCUGCAGGUAGACGCAAGGCCGCCAAUGUAACCCUGCUGACGUCACUGGUGGAAGGCGAAGCCGUGCAUCUUGCCAGGGAUUUCGGUUAUGUAUGCGAGACUGAAUUCCCCGCCAAGGCAGUAGCUGAAUAUGUAAACCGUCAGCAUUCCGACCCAAAUGAGCAAGUCCAAAGAAAAAACAUGCUUUUGGCGACAAAACAAAUCUGCAAAGAGUUCACAGACCUGCUCUCCCAGGACCGCUCGCCCCUGGGGAAUUCUCGCCCGCAGCCCAUUCUUGAGCCAGGGAUUCAGAGUUGUUUGACCCAUUUCAGUCUCAUUUCGCACGGAUUCGGGACCCCGGCCAUGUGCGCAGCUCUCACCGCGUUGCAGAACUAUCUAACUGAGGCGAUAAAAGCGAUGGACAAAAUGUACCUCAACAACAAUCCCAACAGCCACUCUGACAGCGGGUCGAAAGGAGACAAAGAUGAGAAACACAGAAAGUGAUCCCCAUCACUCUCCCAAAUUCAUAUAAAUAUUAUAAAUACAUAUUAAAGAACUAUUGAUCAAGACGUCAACAUUACGUGCCACUUCCAGACCGUACUCAUUGUUUUGAUCGCCAUUAAACCUUGGAUUCACGGGAGAUGACGCGCGCUUCCCACAAAGAGGACAGGAACGCGCAUGGAAAAAAAGUCAUUAAAUGUGCCGAGGACAUCUACACAGCAGCUUGUGUGUGAGAGAGAGGGUGUUUGUGCAACGGAGAGAGCGAGAGUGAGAAAACGGUCUACUACAUGAUAACUCAAAAUACACUCCCUCUUUUUCAUGCGCUACAGUGGACUGAUAUCCAGCAACGAGCCCUCAAUAUCUUCAUUUACGAUUGUAGCCACAUGACAAAAGUGGGGAAAGGAUGGUUUCCUUUUUUAUCAGUAUUGUGAAUAAUAAACUUGAAAAAGAUCCACGGUUCCAUACAAUGUCUUCAGUUAAUUAAAAAAAAAGACUUUUACUCUGAGCGACCAACUUGAACUUUUGAAUUUCAACACGAUUCGCGGUUGUAUGAGGGAAUCUGUGUUCAUGUAUGUAUAUAUUUAUUUAUGUGUAAUUUAAUGGGAAUUGUAAAUAUGGUGAGUCUGUUGAAACUUCUUUUUUUAUUUAUCUGGUGCCUCCUGUUUUAGUGGGUUUAAAUAUUCGGUUAGUUCUUCAUGUGGUUUUAUGGUUCUUAGAAAAACAGAAGUUUUGGGGUAUUUUUCUCUGGGAUAUUUCAGUUCAGCCCUCUUGUAGCAUGUUGAGGCGACAUUGAAGCAAGUGAACAAAUUGAAUAGGAAAAAAAAUCAUCUCAAUAUCAUCCUUACGUCAUCGAAAAAAAUACACAAGAGCCCUAAUGAUAAUUGUUUGUGUUUCUAUUUUCUUGUUUUUAUACAAGCUUUCAUGUGUUGUGCCAAUCAGAAUACGUUUCACCUCUUGUUCUUCCCUUCAAGCACCAUAAGAGCAAUAAAUGGAUAUUGUCUUUUGAAUUUUCUUUUUUUAUUGUUCAGAGAAAUUCAAAAUAUUUGGGACCAUCUGAUCUCUUGUAUGUCCAAUGUCCAAAUUGGAGGCGGUUUUAGCUGUAUUGUAUAGACCUGUGCUGGCAAUAGUUCCCAUGCCUGUCAAUGUAUUAUAGUCCUUUGUUGCCCAGAAAAAAAAUAAAUAUUUGAUACGCUUCAUGUGGAGUUUACUCAUAUCUAUUCCUUUUCUAUUCAGCGGCUCCUGCGCCCGGGCAUGUUUUUUUUUUUUUU